AUGGCAAUCAUUCAACACAUCCCCGGCGCCCUCAAGGCCCGGGGUUCGGCGCUCGUAGCCCUCGUACAAAACGAGCUCUGGGACCCCCUGGCCUUUGCCUGCAUAGUCGCCUGGUUCUGCUUUCAGGUCGUUUUGGAGCGCUUGCUCCCCGGUGAGGUAGCUUUGGGUGUGCCCCUGUUAGGAGCAGAAGGGCUGCGUCUUCCGUACAAGUUGAACGGGCACUUGGCGUUCUGGAUCUCUCUUUUGCUGCUAGUUCACGGCUGUCCGCGGUUCGCGGUGCCAGUGGAGGACGAGGGAAUCCUGCCCACAAUCCUCUACGACCACUUCCCUCAGUUCGCCUUCGCGGCCGUGGUCUUUUCUUUCGGCCUGUCCCUGCUCCUCUACCUAGCCUCUUUUCGAAAGGGUGCUCGGCUAGCCGACGGGGGACGGAGCGGGAAUGUCAUGUACGAUUUCUACAUGGGCCGCGAACUGAACCCUCGUCUGGGCAGCUUUGACUGGAAGUAUUUCUGUGAGCUGCGCCCUGGGCUCAUUGGAUGGGUGGCAUUGAAUAUGGGAAUGCUGAUGAAACAGCAGCAGCUUCAGGCCGUCACGGGGGAGCCUCCCAGCUGGCCCCUGGUGCUGGUGAACGUCUUCCAGGGGUGGUACGUCCUAGACGCCCUCCUGAACGAGCGUGCCAUUCUAACCACCAUGGACAUCACCACGGACGGCUUCGGCUUCAUGCUGGCCUUCGGCGACCUUGCCUGGGUGCCGUUCACCUACUCUUUGCAAGCGCGCUACCUGGUCGGCCGCCCUGUCUCCCUCUCCACCUACGCGUUGGCGGGCCUCUCGGCCAUGCACCUGGUGGGCUACUGGAUCUUCCGGCAGGCGAACUCGACCAAGGACGCUUUCCGCCGCGACCCCACAAGCGUUCCGCAUGUCCGUUAUAUGGACACAAUCCGAGGGACCAAGCUCAUGGUUUCGGGCUGGUGGGGAUGGGCGCGCAAGAUCAACUACACGGGGGACUGGCUGAUGGCCUUGGCAUGGUGCGGGCUUUGUGGACCGACGCACGUGCUACCCUAUUUCUAUGCCAUUUACUUUGGGAUUCUGCUUGUGCAUCGAGCGGCCCGCGACGAUCAUUUGUGUUCCCUGAAAUAUGGCGCAGACUGGCAAAAAUACAAAAAAGAGGUUAAGUGGCUCUUUCUGCCCGGAAUCUACUGA